GUAAUCAAGUCUGAACGUCCUAAUGGAAUUUUACUGACAUUUGGGGGUCAAACUGCUUUGAACUGUGGUAUAGAACUCCAGAAGCGUGGUAUCUUUGAAAAGUAUAAUGUUUGUGUUCUUGGUACACCAUUAUCAUCAGUUAUUAAUUCUGAAGACCGGAAGUUGUUUGCAGAAAUAGUUGCUGAAAUUGGGGAGAAGGUCAUCCCCAGCACAGCUGCUUACUCAGUUGAUGAGGCUCUUGAAGGAGCAGAACAACUUGGAUAUCCUGUACUAGUGAGAUCAGCCUUUGCUCUUGGAGGCCUAGGGUCUGGAUUCUGUGACUCUUCGGAAGAGCUUAAAAAGAAAGUCAGACAAGCUCUAUCUCAGUCACCACAGGUUUUAUUGGACAAAAGUCUGAAAGGCUGGAAAGAAGUGGAAUAUGAAGUGGUACGAGAUGCAUACAAUAACUGUAUUACGGUUUGUAAUAUGGAGAAUGUGGACCCAUUAGGCAUCCACACAGGAGAAUCCAUUGUUGUAGCACCUAGCCAGACCCUAACAAACAGAGAAUACAACAAACUUAGAACAACUGCUGUUCGUCUUAUCAGGCAUCUUGGAGUUGUAGGUGAAUGUAAUGUACAAUAUGCAUUGAAUCCAAAGUCUCAGGAAUAUUACAUUGUGGAAGUAAAUGCUAGACUGUCACGUAGCUCUGCUUUGGCCAGUAAAGCCACAGGAUAUCCAUUAGCCUACAUUGCAGCCAAGCUAGCCUUGGGUAUGUCCUUGCUAGACUUACACAAUAGUGUGACGAUGACAACAACAGCUUGCUUUGAACCAAGUUUGGAUUAUUGUGUAGUAAAAAUUCCACGUUGGGACUUGGGAAAAUUUGCAAGAGUAAGCAAUAAGAUUGGCAGCUCCAUGAAGAGUGUUGGAGAAGCAAUGGGAAUUGGUCGAACUUUUGAAGAGGCUUUUCAGAAAGCAUUAAGAAUGGUAGAUGAAAAUGUAUGUGGAUUUGAACCUUAUCUGAAGCCCGUAGAUGAGGAGGUAAGUGCAAAUGUUUAA